AGAAAAUUACGUAUUUAUGUACUCCCAAGAAACAGAGAGGCGCACACUGGGAUUAAGCUGGCAUCUUGAUUCCAGAAAGGAAAAUUCGGAGAAAAAACGCCUACGCCUGACUCGGAAAGGGUCUCAAGACAUUUGGGGUUCUUCCCGCACGCGCGGCGAAGACAUUUGGGUUUAUUCCUCAGAAAAUCUCUCUCUAUCUCUCUGUCCAUUUGGGUUUGUUCCGGCGCGAGAGAAGAAGCGGCGAAUGAUGCAGAGGAAUCAGCAGAAUCAACGGUCAAGAUCCGCCAAGCCAGCCACCGUACACGGCUGUGCCCAGUCCGGAGAUCUCGUCGGCAUUCAGAAGUUACUCCGAGAUAACCCUUCUCUUCUUAACGAUCGAAACCCUGUUAUGGCUCAAACACCUCUUCAUGUGUCUGCUGGUUACAAUAACGUUGGGAUAGUUAAGUUGUUGCUUGAUUCGCAAGGACCCGAAAAAGUCGAGUUGGAGGCCAAAAACAUGUACGGCGAAACACCAUUGCACAUGGCCUCAAAAAAUGGGUGCAAUGAAGCUGCUCAGUUGCUCCUUGCUAAUGGUGCCUUUGUUGAAGCCAAAGCAAAUAAUGGAAUGACUCCAUUGCACCUGGCCGUUUGGCAUUCACUCCGAGCUAAAGACUGCUCGACUGUGAAGACAUUACUGGAGUACAAUGCUGAUUGCAGUGCUGAAGACAAUGAGGGUAUGACUCCUCUAAAUCACCUAUCGCAAGGCUCAGGAAGUGAGAAAUUGCGGGAACUUCUUUGCUGGCACCGUGAAGAGCAGAGGAAGCGCAAAGCUAUUGAAGCUUGCAGUGAGACAAAGGCUAAGAUGGAUGAACUUGAAGAUGCAUUAUCAAAUAUAGUGGGGCUAAAUGAGCUCAAGUUACAACUUCGGAAAUGGGCAAAGGGGAUGCUUUUGGAUGAGAGGCGACGGGCACUUGGGCUCAAAGUUGGCCUUAGGAAACCACCUCAUAUGGCCUUCCUUGGCAAUCCUGGAACAGGUAAAACCAUGGUAGCUCGAAUCCUUGGAAGAUUACUCUUUAUGGUGGGAAUUUUACCAACCAACAAGGUAACAGAAGUACAGAGAACUGAUUUGGUAGGGGAGUUUGUUGGCCAUACAGGACCAAAGACUAGGAGAAAGAUAAAAGAAGCAGAGGGAGGAAUUUUGUUUGUCGAUGAAGCCUAUCGAUUAAUUCCUAUGCAAAAAUCUGAUGAUAAGGACUAUGGGCUGGAAGCCUUAGAAGAGAUCAUGUCAGUCAUGGACGGUGGAAAAGUUGUAGUGAUAUUUGCUGGCUAUAGUGAACCAAUGAAGCGGGUAAUUACUUCUAACGAAGGCUUCUGCAGAAGGGUAACAAAGUUUUUCCAUUUUGAUGACUUUAGUUCAAUAGAUCUAGCCAAUAUUCUUCAUUUAAAGAUGAACAACCAAGCCGAAGAUAGCUUGUUGUAUGGAUUUAAGUUGCAUCCUUCAUGUACGGUUGAUGUUGUUGCGACACUGAUCGAGACAGAAACCAAUGAAAAACAACGGAAGGAGAUGAACGGAGGUAUUGUGGAUCCAAUGCUGGUUAAUGCUAGAGAGAAUUUGGACUUGAGACUCAAUUUUGACUGUGUGGAUACUGAUGAACUACUGACCAUUACCCUAGAGGAUUUAGAAGCUGGUAUCCGGUCACUAUCACGAUGAAAUCCUUACUCAGUUAACAGAGACCCAAAAUAAAAAGAGAACUAAGCGAAAUAAACGGUGGAAUGGGAUUAUUGGUGAUCUGCAAUGGGUAAGAUUAUACUAUUGUACUCUUUUUCCUUUUUUAGUAGGUGGGUUAUAUUCUUUGAUGCCAAGUUGUAUCAUGAGGCUUCAUAUUCGUUUUUCCUUUGAAGUCUUGGAUUUAUUGCCUUUUAAGUCUUGGAUUUAUUGUAGCUGGCAGUAGUUUUUCCUUGUAUGACGGGUCUGGUAAUGCUGUAGAUGAAAUCAAUUCUUUGCACUUAUUACAUUAUUUUCAUGUACAAUAGAGUUGCAUAAUGAGCAAAAUUACCACAAUAUUUUC